AUGCUUGUUCUAUUCCAGCACAUCAAUCCCUCUAGAAAAUAUGAAAGGUCCACCACAGGCUUUAAGUCCGUGAUUGCCGUCUUUACUUAUGUCUGUUGGGUUACUACAUUGUCUAUGAUCCUUGCAAUCUAUGCUCUCAAACAGAGACCAGGAAAUAAUUUCCUGGAAUUGAUCGACGCCAUUCCGGCGAAUGUAAGUGUACACUACUCUAUUUCUACCACCAACCUGUCGGAUGUUUUUGUCGUGGUCAACGGCCCAGAAUUUGGCGAAUACUUACGUGAAAACUUGGUCGUGAAUGGUAACCCACUGGUUUCACAUACUCAAAUUGGCAAUCAAACAUACCAAACUAUGGUCUUUGAGGCAGUGAGCGUAAAACACUGGAAGCUUUCGGCCUUCUAUGGUAUGCUUUAUGUCACUUGCAUCAAUAGAAGCGGACAUGCCAUGUUUCUCUCGUUGGCAGCUAGAGUCCACGAAUUGGGGUUUUGGAUGGCAUGUUUCGUCAUGAUGAUGGCCCAUUACAAGUACGACACUUUGCGCCUCUUGAUACCUUACAUUGCGUUUUGGGUUUACCUGCUUUUCAUGUGGGUCUUUUUCGAGAGAGCGGUGGGGUAUACCUAUUCAAAUGCCCCAGAAUUAAAUUAUACAGCCGAAUGUCCAAGCGAAGGGGAAGACAAGGAGAAUGAAGUGGGCGGUGAAGAUGGAAAUAGUGUCAUCGCUCAAACCGACGGAGAGGAAGUUGAUGAAGUCAUCUUCCCAGACGAGAUAGAAGGAGCUGGAGAGAACCUCGAUUCAAAAGGUGUCAAUCUUCCUUCAGAAUUUGUCUCUGUGCCUCAGACGAAACCAUAUAGAGCUGUCCAGUACGAGCGGUUUACUGCUGUGGGCGAACUUGUCGAUAACUUCAACAACUAUCACCAAAUUCUGGGGACAAUCGACACAGAGGACAGCUCGAUCAUCAGAGGAAAGCUUGAAGUGAGAAAGGUCCCGCUCAAUGAUAUUGGAGCAUUUGAAAAAUACAAUUUGGUAUCGCCAAGGCUGAAUGUCAAAAACUACUUUUCUUUCAGGCUUGUACAGUUGAAACCUUCAUGGUGUGGGUGUAUGCUGAGUGUUAUGGCUACACGAGUGAAGGUUACUGCAAUAGAGACCACAGAAUGCAAAAUUCCCUUCAAUGAAGAGUACAAAUACCAGGAAGAAGUCCGAGAAGUCAUUCUCAAAGACGAAAGAGUCAACAUUGUGAUCAAUGAAAUGGACUUGAGAGGAGACGACAGACACUUUGAAUUAGAUCCUUCUUUGUAUUCGUGCACACUUCCUAACCUAGGCGUGACGUUCUUCUCUAGGAAUUGCAGCAGAACGUAUGCUCUCAGGUUCAGUAUAACGCUAAUGUGUCUUGAGCAGAAAUGUACCUCCACCUUUGACGUUACCAUGAAUGUGGUAGUACCAUUGGAGGAGCAGGAGAAGAAAGAGAAGGCGAUAAACCGUCUUGUCAAAAAAGAAGACCGAAUUGUUAUGAAACGGUUCCAGAAAAGUGAGGUAACAGUCCAGGAGAUCAGCAAAUGGACGGAUAGGCAAAAGGCAAUUGAAGGUAAGCGAGCUCUAACUUCCUAUAUUUGUGCCAUCUCUGGUAAAGAUUACAUUCUUGGAGUGCUAACAGUUUCCCGAUUCGGGCCAGUAUCUGAAAAACAAAGGCUGCUUAGCCCUUCGAAUAGUGGCAUGGACCCUGAUGACUUUGAUGUUGACUACACUGACGCUAUCCUUUUCAGUGACAGCGGAGGUUUUUCCGUAAAGUAUGUGCCGUUUAAAGACUUUACGCUUAACUUAUCGAGCAGAUGUGCUAAAUUCCCUAAAGAGGUUUUUGAGGGCAAGCUGCCUCCAUUCGAACCUACUGUUGUGACAAGCCAAUGCGUGAGAACAACCAUAAUUUGGAUCCGGCUUGAGGUCAAAACGUUCUUUUCUGCUGCAGAAACCGUUGAAUUAAUCGAAGAAUUGGUCGUUCCCGGUGACUACGAAGCUUUGGUUGAAAGCUCCCUGCUUCCACCGUACGUGGAGGAGGAUAGGCUUCAACUUAAGAAUGUCACUAAUAUUGAGGCGACAGAACAGAAAGACUCCGAUAUCGAGAAGGUGAGGCAGAAGGAAGGUAUUCUGGUUUUUGGAUCAGGCCCCAACUUAAAUGACGGUACUGGCAGAGUUAUAUUUACUGCUUUCGGUCUUUAUGGUUCCACUGAACGCAACUUGAUACUACCAGAAAGGAAUCUCAAUAACGAUUUUGAAAUUGAACUUCAUCAGUUGAAACCCUCAUGGUGUGGGUGUAUGCUGGAUGUUAUGGUUUCUCGUGUCAAGAUUACUGCUGUAGAGACUACAGAAUGCAUUAUUCCGCUUGAUGAAGGAUACGGAUAUGAAGGGGACAUCCGAGAAGCAACUCUUCAGGACAAAGAAUUCCAGACUGAAAUCAAGAGAUCUGACAUGAAAGGAGAUCACGACGACAGAUAUUUCAAGUUGCCUUUUGCUCACUACGAUUGCAGCCUUCCAAACUUGGGGGCGACGUUUUUCUCCAAGAAUUGCAGCAGAACUUACGCUCUCAGGUUCAGUGUAACGCUUAUGUGUCUUGAAAAGAAGUGCACCUCCACCUUCAAUGUCACAUUGAAUAUAGUGGUAGGAUUGAAGGAGUUUGAAAAGCUGAAGGCGGUGGAGAAUGGUCUCUUUAAGAAAAGGGAUUAUUUAUAUAUCCAGAACUUUCCAAAAACGGAGGCAGUAGCUCAGGACAUUGACGAAUGGGUAAGAAAGAAAGCGCUAGCCAUUGGCAAGCUCACUCUUAACUCCCAUAUAUGUGCCAUUCCAGGAGAAGAGGUCAUUUUUGGAAUCAUCACAGUUUCUCAAUUUUGUCAUGAUAUCCAAAACGAUCACUCCUCCAGUCUCAUAAUAGAAGAGGACGAGGACAAUGCUGUCGAUCCGGCUGUUGAUUACACCGACGCUAUUGUGUACUCCAACCAUUCUUUCCGUUUCCGCUCCAAGAAUCUUGAAAUGAAACUCAAAAGAUCUCAUUGUUAUAGUCCUGGCGUGGUGCAUGCUGAACUUCCAAAAGAGUUGCUCGAUGGCGUAUGGCCCCAAUUCAAUCCUACUGUUGCGACAAAUCUGUUCUCUAGAGAAAAUGCUCUUGAAAUCCGACUUGAAAUCAAGACAUCCUUUGCCACCACGGAAUACGUCGGACUCAGAAUAGAGUACUUUAUUUAUGGAAACUACGAUGCUUUGGUUGAGAGCUCGUCCCUUCCACCUUACCAUGAGGAGGACGAGAAGCAGUUGACCGAGAAGGAAGGGUCCAAGUAG